CACCGAUCCACAGAAAGAGCCCAAGAUGUCAGCUCGGUCAUGUGAUCAGUUGUAGGAGAAGAGAGCCGGUAAUCGGCAUUCCUCAGAGGUGACAUGUGCACUGAUCAUCAGGGCACUGAUGAUCAGUGUGCCCUGAUGAUCAGUGUAGCCCCAGCAGUGCCACCUGUCAGUGUCCAUCAGUGCCAGCUGUCAAUGUUCAUCCAUGCCACCUGCCAGUGCCACAUCAAUGCCACAUAUCAGUGCCUACCAAUGCACAUCAAUGCCACAUAUCAGUGCCCAUCUGAGCUGCCUUUCAGAGUCACCCAUCAGUGCCAGUCAGUGCCACCUAUCAAUGCCAAUCAGUGCCACCUAUCAGUGCUGCCAAUCAGUGCCACCUAUCAGUGCCAGUCAGUG